CUCCCAGCUCAGUACUAGUAUCUUGGUGCCCUGGAAGGAGAGACAUUUCUAGCAGGACUGCAGUGAAGGAGAUAGCUGCACUGCUCUGCAUCUGUCUGUUGCCUUCUCCUCCCACCCACCCCAUUUCAUCACAAGCCUGAGCAGCCUCUCUCUCCAAAUCCCUCUAUGCUUUCCCCUGGAUCACAGCAGCAAAACAGAGACCCCCAGCACUGCCUCAUACAGCAUGGAGCCCUCACACUGCCAGCAGAGGAAGUGGGGGCUAUAAGGAUGGAUUUGUUCAGGGUGGCAAUCCAGGGGGUGCAAGGCUGAGGAUGGUGGGGGUCAAGCUGAAAGGGUGCCUGGAAUCCUGCAGCAAGCUCAUUAGAGAUCCUCUCCUUUCCUCUGCAUCACCAGUGCAAAGAAGAGGUAAGUGCUGUCUGUGAACUGCAGUGUGGUACCUAGGGUGGAUGUGAGCUAGGUAGCACCUUGUUUGGGGUUUGCACAGCAAUGGGCUGGCCAUUCAGAGAAUGCUGUGCUGACAGUACAUGGUGCAAAAACAUACUGACAGGCAAGUCCAAAAAAACAAUAACAAACAAACAAAACCUGAUUCUGCAGCUGAAUAUUAUCCUCAAAUAACUCUGUAUAACCAUCAGCCUCUAUAGAGGGUGCACACCUGUCUGGCUAUACUCAGGUACUGUCAUGACUUACGUGCUAUCAGUCCAACACUUGUUCAGCCACUGACUGACAGCAGAACAUCUGACAAGCUGUAUAUUGAGAGAUACUUAAAAUAAAAAACAGCACCUUCUGCAAAUCUGCAAAUCUGAUUGCAUUUUACUUUUUAAUGUAAAGCCUGUAUUCUGCUUUUGCUGCAGCUAAGUGGGCAGCUCCAGGCCUCCUGCUGGUUAGGGCACUGCAACUCCCAUCACCAACAACUCCCCUCACAUGCAUGUGGUUGAGGGUGAUGAGAUUUGCAGCUCAACAGACACUGGACAGCAGCAAAACUCAAACUUGGAGCAGAGAAGCCUUUGCCUUACUUUUACUCUGUGCUCCCAUCACACACAGCCAGUAUCUGGCUGAGGUUAAGGGGAUUUAUCUAGUGAGCAAAAACUGGACUACUGAAAAAUGCAGUUUAGAAAAAAAAGGAUUCUUUAAUUUCUCUUCUGUUUCUCUUUCCUCCUCACACACAGCCAGUAUAGGGUUGAGGGUAAUGGGACUGGUGGCCAAGCAAACUUUAGACAAUGCAAAAAAAUUGUCUUGCAGAUAGAAGGGUUCUGUCUUACUUUUUUUCUGUCCACUCUCCCAAAUCCUAACUGUUUUAUGGCACUAUUGAUUUAAACAUCUCCAGUGGGGCUUAACCUUUUGUGUGCCAGAAGUGGGUUGCACAAAAUUGGAAUUUUACAACAGAUGUUACCUGUUACCUGCCUGGCUGCCCAGGUGUACCUGUGCCUUGAGCAUUGGUUUGGGCAGACAUUUGUUGCACUUUUGCAAAAAAAACAGACAAGACAUCAGUUUCAUCAGACUUCCCAUAUAUAAAUGGUGGGCUGGCAGAUUAAACAACUUUCUCUCCUUAUAUUUUUGAUUUGUGGCACAAACUAUUUAUUUUACAGAUCUUCUCAUUCUUCAGUUCACCUUGGCAUUUAGUGAACAUCGUGAAUAAAGCCCCCUCACCCCUCUAUAUAUAUACCUGUGCACACUUGGUAUAUGUAUUAUGAGAUAGGCUGUCUUCAUGUAAUAAUUAUAGGAAUUAUGCAGUAAACAGUGAUUUAUAAUGAGCCGAUGAACAAAUUGCUAAAUUUAGACAGCAGGAUUUAAUCCCCAACCUAGCUACGUGUGACUAAAUUUAGCAAUCCAUGUUUUAUUUCAUUCCAAUUCACUGUAUAAUGAAUAAACCUUACAAUAGCAGCAACGUGUACAUAUCUAUAUAGAACUAAUUUCCAAGGCCAGGCGCCCUGCGUAUAGUAUGGGUGUCUGUAAAUCACUUCCACAGUAUGGGCUUCUUUGUCAUUCGUAGCUUUAAUGUGUCUAAUGAAACAUAGCCAAGAUUUGAAAAAGCCAAUUUGGCAAUUAAAAGGUAAGACAUUUAUUGAAACUUAUGCAAACAUUUUUUUUUCAAAAAUAAAAAAUUGAAUAGUAUAUGUAUUUAUGAAAAUUUAAUUCUGGUUCCAGGUGCUAAAAAUUGUGCAAUUGCCAUGGGAACCAAUAUAAUGUUCCUGCUUAUUAUCCUACAGUUAGCACCUUGCUCUAUGCAUGCUCUUUGUAGAUAUAGACAUUCAUUGACACAUAGCCCUAAUGAUGUCAGAUACCAAUCACUCCCCUGUUGCCAAACUAAAUUAUGGAUCACAAAUUAAUACUGAAGACAUAAUUUGCUAUAUUUGCAGCAAGGUGUUAAUUUCGCUGUAGGGGACAAGUGGUCUUCAACUUUCUCCUCAAGCUGUGAGCUCAAACCUCUUGCAAUCAUAUUUGUAGUUUGGUUUUGAGACUAACAGGACCCUGUCCUGAUGUUAUCCUUGUGUAAGCUGUGGGUUACCAUCAAUAGUAAUGGAAACAGCAGGCUGAAUAGUUCCAAACAGAGAAACCUGAAUAUUCUGAGACCUACUGACCUACAGGUACGGGAGAUGAUGGGUCAAAUUACUGUCUAUGAUUGAUUUGCUACACCUAUAGUAUUAUUUAGAAAAUUGAAAUGUUCGAAAUGGUUUCAAUCGUCAUCUCUGGAGGUUAACUGGAUGAACAUAAUAACAUUAUUAAUACACAGUGGCGAUAGUACAUAAUUUGACAAAAUAUAGUGUGUAACGUGUAGGACAAUAUUUUUAUGAAGCAAUACAAACAUAGUAUCAGGAAAGAUACAUUUACAUUUCACUGGUUAUUAUGCCUGAUCUGUAAUGUAGAUUAUGUUACUAGCCCAACCCAAUGGCGCCUAACCUAUUGGCCCCAGAAGAAUUAAGGACUGUGUUGACCCACCCUGCUGGGCAUUAAACCAGUAUUGUAGAGAUCUGAUAAGGUACUACAUUUGGUUACACUAAUACAUAAGCUAUUCCAUCGGCUCAGCUUUAUGGCUACCAGCCCAGUUGUAAAACCAGCUGUUCAUUUCAAGCAUAUGUCCUUUAAAUGUGGGCAGAACCUCUUGAAACAUAGUCCGGGAGUGUUGACAGGAAUUGAUGAUACUCAUUCUAAAGAUACAUCUAGCCAACUUUCUCAGAACCUUUAUGAUAUGCUGUGAAACGCGUAGGCAUCUUAGACUUUACUCAGCCACACCCUAGAGCAGGGUAAAAAUGUCCUCCGUGUCCCUUGUUUAGCUUCUGUGGACUCGUGCGUGAGUUAGCUUGUUAUCUUUUUGUAAAAAAAAUUAUUAUGAAUAUCUGCCUGAUUGCAAAACAAAGUAAAUUUUCCCCUGAUUUUUAAAAUUAGUAAUGUUUAGACUGGUAUCUUUCUCCAGGUGAACAUGUUUUUGUACUGUUCUGCACACGCCUGUGUGAUAUGAUAAUUUUUUUUGAACAUGUCAUAGCUAAAAUUUAUAUUUGAAUAAAGAAGACUCAACUAAUGAUGUAACCAACUCCAUUUGACGUUUGGCAUUUGUCGAGUUCGUAUACCCACCUGUAGACAUCUAGAUUGUCAAAUCUCCAUAUCAAAUCAUUGGACGGGUCAUUAAUUGAUUACUGUUUUUAAAAGUCCAAAACCCUACCAGCUUAUAAUUUAAAGUGUGGUUUAUUGCAAGCAAUUGCUGGAUCUCAAUACUAUUAAGAAAUAUGAGUCUACUGCUACGAACAUGUCCAAAUAAUAGUAAUGGGGACAAUGAUUAACUGGUUUGAAUGUGAGAUCGGGUUAGGUAAUUGGGCAGGUAAUGGAGAUAUGCUUUGUCAAGUCAGUGAUGCAAAGGAAUCAUAUUGAUUGCAUCUAAGAUUAGUAUAACGUGGGGUCUGUCUGAGAUCAGAAGAUCGAUAGACUGAGAGAGUCUUGUCCAUGGAAUGCCUGGGUCUCAGUAAAGAGAUAUAAUGCAUCUACUGGAUGCUGAGAAUGUUGUAUGAUAUGAGAUGAUAUCACUGUGUUUGUGUCUAAGGCCGCACCGAACAUGCUGGACUAGACUCUGUUAAAGUUGCGUGAAAUCAUCGUGAUGCAUGGCAUGGCUCUCACUACAUAAAAUAUGGCUUGCCUUGGGUGUAUGAAUUAAAAAAGGUAUUCAUGACAUUUCCGAAACCUUUCGCUAUUUCAGGUUUUUUUGGGGGGAGGGCGGGGGGGGAGGGGGGAGGUUUACAGCCACAGAACAUUCCUUAUAAUAUAUGCAAUAAGUAAAUAUUUAUUAAAUAGAGGAGAGUAGCCCUGGUACUCCCCAUAAAUAAAGCUUCAAUAAAAUUGAGAGAUAAGCAGAAAUAGUGGAUGGAUGGAUGAACGAACAGGUGGAGAGAAAGAGAGAUGACAAUCAAUCUCAUCUACUCCCGAAACACUUACAGAUUUAUUCAUUAAAGUAAGAUGUGACUGAGUUCCCCUAUUUCGACUGAGUACAUCCGCCAGGUCAGCUUCCUAGCUGCUACUGGGGACUCAGUCGACGAAGCCUGACUGGGUUCUUUGAGGACGUCUUCCUCAGGACCAAUUUGCAGUGAUUAUAGCUCAGGACACCUUCUCUCCUGUAAAGCAUUGGUAAUUGCUGUCUCUUGAGUGUUGCUCCACUGAGCUAAACAACCAGGAAGUAACAGGACUAAUUAUCUGAUUGACAGCCAGGAGGGUGUAACAAAGUUCAUGUAUAAAAGUACCAAUUUCUAUUGAAAUCUUGAUUUUGUUUUGUAAAAUGCAAAAGACGAGGACAAGAUAAAGUGCUUUAGGAGUGUGGAAGGGAGAGAGGGAGUGGGAAGAGAGACUAGGAGAGAGUGGGAUGGGAAUUAUAAUCCUUUUUUUUUUUUAAAGAAAAAAGAGGACUACUGAGUUUCUUGGGAAGCAAAAGAGCUCAGUUCAAGGAGGGAGGGAUUGGCUGCAAGAGAAAAGCCCAACAGGUUCGUUGCCAGUGUGCUGUGUGCGCUGAUGACAGAUAUAUUUUAUGGACAGCAUUGACACUAUUGACAUUUGGCAGCCAAGAACAGGGUACAUCCUACUAACAUAUUUUGAUAUAUGGGGCUUUCUAGCAUUUAAAAAAAAAAAAAAAAUCCCUGAACACAAAUAUAAUAAAAAGUCUUUUAAAAAGAAGUACAUUCAAUUAUCCUGUAGUAGAUGCAAACACACAAUCCAUCAAUUAAAACACAAACUAACAAACUUUAAAAGUAAAGCACUUAAAAAGCAAACAACUAUAGCCAUUUAAAGAGACAGGACUAACACAUUUGUAAACUGGACUGCACUAAUGACUAUGUGGGUAUGUGAUAUGAUUUGUUUACAUUCCCUACUGAGCACACGGAAGGUUAUUCUGCUGAGAUAACUCCAGUUGGGUGUGAAACACAUCCAGUAUUUUAGGUUUUCACUGUGACUCCAUGGGGUCCCACUCCUUUCUGCCUAAUACAAUGUUAGUUGCUCAAAUUGCUUAAAUAAAUGAUUAUUUUUGCACAUCCUGCUUGAUCUUGAUAGUACGUUGUCUGUGUCCAGAAUCGGCUUGAGAGUGCGGCCCCAACAAUAACAGCCCAAUCACUCUAAAAAUAUUGGCCUCAAUGUGCUGGGGAAGUAAUGUCUUGACUUCUAAACUUUCACCAGACUUUCAACUUAGAAUUAUUGAUUCAAUGUGCCCAUUUCUAACAUAAGACACCAUACAAGCUCGCAUUUCAGAUAUGGCAGCUCACAUCUCAUUGGUCUCUCUCUGGUGCACAUUACCCAGCUCCAAUCUUUAGUGAAUGUUGCCCACUACUCCGCAAACAAUUUACCUAGCUAAAAAUCCUAAUAUUGGUCACCCAUGGCUAUACCUUUCAUCAAUGAGAGGUAUGAAAGUGGUAAGGAUGUUGGGUUUAUAGGUGUCAUGCCUAUGACGCCAUUGGUGAAAUUCAUAUUUAAUGCCAAACUCCAACCAUAGCUGACUUGGAUAAUAUUUUCCAGUUCGGCUAUUUGGAUCUUAAAUUUGAAAAUGACUUUGACCUCACUUUGAAUUCAUUACAAUUCACUAUAGUGAAUAAACCUCAGUUUGUGUUUUACAUGUUUAGUACAUGCUGGCAAAUUAACUGGCAAACUCUCUUUCCUUUCGGGCAUGUUGCUCCUUACCUCUUGUGUUUUAAUACCCCACUUUUUCUACAUUGUCUAAGCAGGGCCCCCUUGUCCUCUUCUUUCUGUUUGCUUGAUGUUGCUUGACAUUUUGUUGUUAAUUUAUUUGUUUUUUCUUUUAUCACCAUUGUAAAAUUAAUUGGAUAAUAAUAAAAACAGUAGUCUAGUUUGACUCUAUAUUGCAGCCAAUUCCAAUACAGCAUCAAGGCUUUGCUUUGAUACAUUGUGAUUUCAUAGAAUUGAUGUACAGAGCUUAGUGCAUGCCACUGCUUAUUUGCAUAGAACUCUCCAAGUGUGAAUGUAUAACGAGCCAAGUUAGGUACAGUUUGUUUGCAUAGUCAAAUAGAUCAUCCGAGUUAUUUGUUAAAUGGUGUGAUUGUAGCAAAAGUGCAUUUACUUCAGUACACAAGUCAGUGGACAGGUAAGCGCAGAUGAAAAUAUUGCAUAACUUGAAGUAGAUUGCUGACAAUAGAUUAAAAUGUUGCAUAAUUUGCAGUGGUGCCAAUAAAUAACCACUUAUCCUGGACACACGUGUGCUGCCAUACUUUUUGUUUGUCUCUUAAUCUGGCAAUUUCCCUAUUCCUGUGUCUGUGUCUUUGAUGGUGAGUGCAAUAUUAGAAACUAUAGCAUUGUGAUUGUGAUAUAAAAUAUGAACGCUGUGCUUAAUACAUACAGAGUGGUUAAAACUCAAAGUUUCUCCCCAAAAUAAGGCAGCAAUUGGGAGAUGUUACUCAGAACAAAUGUUGCUUUAUAUUGGUGCAGUAACCUCAGUUUACAAACAACAUAUAAGAGAGUCCACCUGAUAAACACACAAACAAUAUACGGUUUCCAGUCUUUGAAUAAUACUAUUUAAAACAUAAAUUUUAACUAAAACAAUAUUUGGAUCCACCACCAUUGCAUCGAAGUAAUCCAAUAUCGAUCAUUCCUAAGCACAUUUUUUACAAGGGAGAUAAAUUUGAUGGAUGUACUGCCUACUGCUUAAACUUCCCUAAACAGCACUUCUAAAACUGAUAUGCUUUUCUGGCUACUUAUUAUGGGAUGCCUGUGUGCAUAGUGGGCUUGGGGUCUUAAAUGAAACCCUGAUGAGUUAUCGUCAUAUCACCAAACCUUUCAUUGUAGUGUUUCUAAAAAAAUGUGAGAAUGUGUGUUCAUGUAGCUGGGAUAUAUAUAUAUAGAGAGAGAGAGACAGACAGGCAGAUAGAUAGAUAGAUAAAUAGAUGGAUAGAGAGAGACAGACAAACAGAUAGAUAGAGAGAGAGAGAGAGACGGAUGGAUGGAUGGAUAGAUAGAUAGCCUAAAACAUAGAUAUAUACAAAAGGUAUUGUAUUUUGGCACCCCUUUGAAAUGUAAACAAAAAAGUUGCUUCACCCUUGUGUCUUUUUCCCAAUUCCCCUCACCCCUUCAUAUGUCCAUUGUAACUCGGUUACCCUCUUUUGUGUAUCUCUUUAUCCUCUGAUCAGUGGUGUAUUUAGUAUUUGUGCUGCCCUAGCCAGGACGGUGCUCGGGCACCCUCCCAACUUAAUUUUGCCCACCCCUUCCUGUCAAGGCCGCACUUUGACUGACAGACGCUCACUCACCGACAGACACACACACUCAUUGACAGAUACACACUCUCAUAUACACUGACAAACAAUGACAUACACACACUCACUGAUUUGACACACUGAUAGACAGACAUACACUAUUACUUGGACACACACUGACAGACUCAUACUCACUGACAGACUCACUGACAGACGCACCCUCUCACUGACAGACGCACCCUCUCACUGACAGACGCACCCUCUCACUGACAGACACAUGCACUCACUGACUGAUACAUACACACUGACUGACCUACACACACAUUCACUGACACACACACUCACACUCACUGACAGACACACACACUCACAUUCAUUGACACACACUCACAUUCACUGACACACACACACACCCUUCUCCCAUUAUAUUUCCCCCACUCACAAUUAUUAUUAUUAUUUUUUUUAAUAUGAAAUCCACCCAGCCUCCCUACUUUUGGGAUAGGAUGGGUGUAUUUUUCACCUGGGGUCCAGUGGGGCUACUGGCCAGGGAGGCGGCCAGACGUGCAGGCGGGCGGACGGUGAGGGAGCACUUUCCCCUGAGCUCUCUCUCGCCGCAGAGUGAUGCUGGGAGCCGGAAUAUGACGUCAUAAUCCAGCUCCCACCAUUACUGCGGGUCGUAACAAGGUAUUGCCGCCCCCUGGAAAUUGCCGCCCAAGGCACAUGCCUUGCUUGCCUCGCGGUAGACACAUCCCUGCCUGUGUUCACCUCUUCAUUCCCUUUUGUGUCUCUUCUCCCCAAUUAUUUCUUUGUGGUUUUCUCUUGCCUCCGGACCCCCUUGUGUGUUUCAAUUUAUCCACUAUAUCCCCAUUUGUGUCUGUCCUUGUCCUAUCAGAAAGUGCUCUUACUAAGAAAUACUUUUGCCUCCUUGAAAGUUCAGCCUGCUCAGAGCCUUGUAGUCAGACUGAAGACAAUACCUUAUUUUUUUAAUCUAUUUUCUUCAUUGUGGCUUUCAUUUUUUGGCAUUUUUUUAUGAGUAGCUGUUUUAUUUUAUUUAGUAGAAACAGGCAUUCAUUUUCGUAAGAAUCAUAGUUCGGACAAAAAAACAAACAGCUUGUUUGGCCAUUCAUCCAAAUUCUGAAUCUCCUACUGGCACAAUCGAAGAAUGGACUAAUAAAUGAAUUGACGUUGACCGAUCUUCUUCUAUGCGCGAUUAAUGUAUUAAUUAACCAUAUUUAAGGGUACUAAAAUGUGGAAGUUGUUAUGUCUCCCUAAAUUGGUAUCUUUAAAUAUGUCAAUCUCACACAAGGGUACCAAUUUUAUUUAGGGAAUUACCUUUUAAACAGUUGGAAGAUCAAAAUUAAGAAAAGGGCUUUACUUAAUUUUGAUCUUUUUGGCUGCUUGGUAAAUAGUUGCCUAACUAGAUAUCCUUAUGUGGAUUGCCAUAUUUAAGCAUUUCAAAAUAGAGAGCUAUUUACCAAACAGCUUAUUUAUUUGGUAUCCUUAAAGGGGUACUAUUGGUAUGAAAAUAGCUUCAGCUUAAUGAGGCAGUUUUGGUGUACAGAUCACGCCCCUGCAGUCUCACUGCUCAAUUAUUUGCCAUUUAGGAGUUAAAUCACUUUAGUUUCUGGUUAUGCAGCCCUAGCCACACCUCCACUGGACAUAGCCUGCACAAUAAAAAUAGUUACAUUUUCAAUCAGGUGUUAACUUGCUUUGUAUAUAUAUUUUUCAUCUUCUGUUCUGUAAAUUGAACUUUAAUCAGACACAGAAGGCUCCUGCAAGAUUUAGGAGACUAUUAACCGAGCAGGGGAUAAGAAAUAAAAAAUUAAACAAAAUAUGCAAUAAAAGAAGUUUAGACAUUAGAUCUCACUUUACAGGAAGUGUUUAUGGAAGGCAGUGUAGGUCACAUGCAGGGAGGUGUGACUAGGGCUGUAUAAACAAAGUGAUUUAACUAUUCAAUGGCAGCAAACUGAGCAGUGAGACUGCAAGGGCAUGAUCUAUACACCAAAAACGGCUUCAUUAAGAUAAAGUUGUUUUGGUGACUAUAGUGUCCCUUUAAAUACUAAACAACUGAAGAUCAGAAUCCCAGAGGAGGUUGAAUAUCAUGAAAUGCAGAUCAUAAAGAAGCUAAUUAAAAGCUUUACUAUGAGAAGUAUUUGAUUGGAUGCAUGCAACAGGUCCACGAUGCACCUCAAGAAGUAUUGGGUUGGACUAUUGACAAGGAAGUCACUCUGCCUAGAGAACACCGAGAAAGAUGGAUCGGGUGCAGGGCCGAGGGAGUCUCUGCACUAGAAAAAGGUAAGUAAAAAAUAGGUUUUUACACAGAAAAAUUAGAAAAAGAGGUUCUUUAAUCUAAUAAGGGACAAGGACACUGUAGCAUGGUUUUUAUUACUAACGUUGUAGUGUUCCUUUACACUGACUUCAGAGUAUAACUGGUUUCCAAGCAGAGCAACUGUUUUCACCUUUUAGUGAAUCAAUGUGUCUGUCUCCUGAAACAUAGGUUAGAAACAUAGAAACAUAGAAUGUGACGGCAGAUAAGAACCAUUCGGCCCAUCUAGUCUGCCCAAUUUUCUAAAUACUUUCAUUAGUCCCUGGCCUUAUCUUAUAGUUAGGAUAGCCUUAUGCCUAUCCCACGCAUGCUUAAACUCCUUUACUGUGUUAACCUCUACCACUUCAGCUGGAAGGCUAUUCCAUGCAUCCACUGCCCUCUCAGUAAAGUAAUACUUCCUGAUAUUAUUUUUAAACCUUUGUCCCUCUAAUUUAAGACUAUGUCCUCUUGUUGUGGUAGUUUUUCUUCUUUUAAAUAUAGUCUCCUCCUUUACUGUGUUGAUUCCCUUUAUAUAUUUAAAUGUUUCAUUUAAUAUAUCACCCCUAUCUCGUCUCUCCUCCAAGCUAUGCAUUUUAAGAUCCUUUAACCUUUCCUGGUAAGUUUUAUCCCGCAAUCCAUGAACCAGUUUAGUAGCCCUUCUCUGAACCCUCUCUAAGGUAUCAAUAUCCUUCUGAAGAUACGGUCUCCAGUACCGUGUACAAUACUCCAAGUGAGGUCUCACCAGUGUUCUGUACAAUGGCAUGAGCACUUCCCUCUUUCUACAGUUGGUCGGAUAACUCUGGAAGUUUAGAUAUGUGAAGAUUUUAUUUCUUCUAUAGAUGGCAGAUAGUUGAGGCUUAGCAACCACUGCAUCCUCGGUAGAUUUUAUGGCCAUAUAAUUGUCAGGGUGCUAUGUGGUGCUGUUGUUAGAAUUGAUGAUUUAGGUUUUCCAGGUUCCCAGGAAGGGCUCACGUAAUUGACAAGGUGAGCCUCUGCUAGUGUAAUCCAGUUGACAUUUUUUUCUUACACCUUCUAAUGCAGGGGUCCUAAAGUCAGUUUACUUGGAGGUUUCAGAUCUAUGUAAAUGCACAAAUCUGUACAAACACAUCUACACACUACCAUAAACACACACACACACACACAUGUGAGUACAGCUUUAAACUGUAUGGAGGACCCAAUGAGACCACCGGAUUCUCUGUAGGCACAUCCAAUUCCCUGCAUCCGUCAUUGGUGACGGCUGUCAGGAUUGUACUUGAACUCUGCACUGAGUCUAGGAAACUCAGGUGGAGGAGAAAUACAGAGAUUUAGUAUUUAAUACUUUGUCUCUGUAUAUCUCUUGGCUGAAUUAGAAUUUCAGUAAAAUACUAAAUAGUCAAAAUUAGUAUUUCAUAAAGAUUCUAUAUUUAUGAAAUACUAAUUUUCAGGGGGAGAGGGUGGUGACAGCGCCGCUCUAAGGGUUGGAUAUGGACCGUAGAUAACCCUUGUUCUAAAUAACUAAAGUAGCAAAUAAACAAACAUACAAAUAAAACAUAAGCAGCCUGUUUAUAGAAAAUAAAAAAAAUGAAGCAAAUAUCUGAAAAAGUAGAAUUAACGUCAUGAAAAGUAUCAUGAUAAAAUCCAGUUGAAUGUCCUGUUGACGAAUUCCUCUUUAAAACUCAACAGAACGUACUGUGUCUCUCAAUGAACAGUCAGUGAUUGGCUGACACCUUCCUUAUACUGCAGAGGCCGGGAGGAAGAAGGUAGUCAGGGGGCAUAGAUGUUGGGUGCUGGGAUACCAACUUUGAGGUUGAACAGAUGGAAAUGGUUUAACCUCGAAGGUAAGACGGUGCCCAGGCAAUGAUGCCCCCAUAACUUCAAUGAUCUGAAGUUGUUACGGGGGUGGGAGUGUUAUAAUGAUAUGUGUUAUCUCCACAUAGAGCACAUCUAGCAUGUCAUGACUAAACAGUUUCCAGUUAAGUGAAGAGGCCGCACAGCUCUCUAAUAUGCGCAGUUUGAUUAAAAGGAAUGUUGUUUCAUACAGAGUUGGACUGGUUGGCAUAAGGGAGUCCGUUGCUUUGCUGAGAGGGACGCGCUUCAUUUCUAAGACGUGGAAAUUUCCUAUUCACAUCUUGUCUGAGCUGGAACUGUUUAUCCUGUGUUUGCAGGUCUGGGAGCUGCCGGGUAUGAAUGCAAACUGUUCAUAAGGACUGCACAUUGGGGGAGGAAACAACUUGUUACCUGAUAGACAAAACAGUCAAUAGUGAGUCACAAACUGGACAUUUUUGUUUUAAGCUGUAAAAAUGAUGGCUUUAUUACCCCAGUUAGUUUAAAAGGCUGCCAAAACACAGAAACAUCAUUUUUAUCUCACGAUAGAGGUCAGUACAUAUACAAUUAGAACACUUUGUUGUUUACAAACGGCUUGUGUUUUAUACCUUAAACAGCAGAUGAAGAGACAGUUUUGGGGCACUGUUCAGGAAUAUUUUUGUUUUCACCACUGAGACUUUUUUUUCCCUCUUUCCCUUCACUAGUUUUAUACCAUACGUCCCCAAUGCUCUAUCUGUCUACCCUGUCCCUUAUUGACCCAUUUAAAUCUUCCCCUUACUUGCCCCUUCUCCCAAUAAGCCAUCUUCCCUCUCUCUGUUAUGCUUGUCUGCUACCCUAACGUCCCCCAGGCAUUAUCUAUCAUCUCUUCUGCUGAGUUAUUCUCUAUAAUCUUUCCCAUGUGUCCUCUCCCUCUGCUACCACUGGAUCUUCUUCCUCUGCUUCACUUGUCCUUUGCCCUUAAUUCCCUUGCGCACUGUCUAUCCUCUCCCUUUUCUCCAAAUUUUCCCUCUCAUUGAUCCUUUAUACUAUAUCUUCCCUCACGUACACUUAUGUUUUUGCCCUUGUUUUCACUGCUACCUAGACUCUAUUCACCAUCCAAAGCCGGAUGAAGAUUGUCCAGGGCCGUAAGCAGGAUGCCAGAUUGUGGAUCCUUCCUGGAGCCCUGGACUCUGUUCUGUGAGUGUUGUAUGUGUGUGGUGGCUGAGCAUUGCAUGUUUGUGUGUGUAGGUGUGUGUUGUGCACAUGUGAAGUAGUAAGAGAGCUGUGUGUGGGGAAGGGUAGUUGAGUGUGCCACUGUGUCCUGGUUGAGUGAUGUGCUGCCCUGUGUUUGGUGGUAUGUUGUGUCUGUGUUGAGGGGAGUCUGAGUGUGUCUGAGUGCUAUUUGUGUAUUGUCUGAGUGUGUUGGGAAAUGAGGAUGAGUGUGUGUGGGAAAACCAGGGAAUAUGAGAACUUUGACAACAGCUUAGAGAAACUCAGUAGCAUGCACAUCAGCAAAUCCUCGCUCAGGUUUCAAAAUAGUUUUUGCUUUCUUGUGCCAUUAUAGAGAGAACCAGCUCCAAGACACCCAUAAGGGUGGUCCAGAACCGAAAUGCCAGCAAGUUCUCUGUGCAUGAGAGAUACAGCAACCACGGAGGAUCGUUUCGGCCUUCUUUGGGCCUCGUCAGCAACGUGUAGUUGAUACCCUUCCAGGCACAGUGAGCACAGAGUCCAUGUCUAAAUUACUCUUUUAACUUGGGGAGAGUCAAGUUAAUGAGUGUGUGUAGGGAAGUUUUUCAUGUGGCCCUCUUCCUUGGGGUCUGGUGGAGGGUGAGCUGAGAAGCUUUGGUCCAGAAAGGUAAUAUUCUGGUCUGCACCAAUAUCCGGUGCAGACUACUUUAAGAACUCCAUCGUGGUCUGGCACUUAGUCAAUGACUCAGAGCGCUGCUUGCAGUACUCUGAGUCAUUGAGGUUUGCUGGGAACUCUUAAAGUGAUCUACACCCAAUAUAGGUGCAGCCCACAACUCUAUCUCGCGUUGAUGGGCACAAUGCCAUGCAGGAAGAUAUUAUGAGACUGUCUAUGCCACCUUAUGGGUAAUCCGGCUCUAUUAGCAUCUCACCCACCUUUUUUCUCUCCAUCUCCACCAUUUCGAGACUCUGUUUAAUUCUUAUCAAACUACAUGUUUUUUCAACAACUCAUAAAAGUAAAAGAGAUAUUCAAAUGGCCCUCUACAAGCAUCCAAAUAAAAUACCAUGAGGGUUUUCCAUAAAUGGAGAUUAUUUUUUUUUUAAAAUGAAUAUAUACAUGGCACUGUUCGGACCACCUUGGUGUAUGAAAAGACAAAAGAAACAUAAUUACACAAAGUCCCAACACCUGUAAAGAUAAAAAAGGGGGGAGAACCGAAUGGAUUAAUACUCGUCUAGCAAAUGACAACUGAGCAUUAUCACAGCUAUCCAAAUCUUGAGCUCCCAUCACACCUAGCCAUCAAAAGAUCAACAGGAUUCAUUAUCAGAGAACAUCUUAACGAAAAUGAUAGAAUUACUUAUUUAUUUAUACACACACAUAUUAUUGUUUGGGAGCUACCAUGCAAAAUAGCUGUAUUUAUAUAUAUUUUAAGAGAGCACUAUUGUUUUGUGUAUUCUCUUAUUUAAGAAUUACUAUCUUAUUAUUCUAAUUAUGCUCUGAAAUAUCAAGUCAAUAUUUUUUUAGCUGACUGAAAUAAAUGGUGUAAUUUGCACACGUUGGGUUCUUUUUGUUAAUCUCUUGUACAGAUGUUCAAAUUCAGUAGCUUUCUAAGAUGUCUGUCUGAUGACAUUUAUCCCUUUUUGAGGCACAACAGGAGAGUGAUCUGUGCUGAAUUUACACCAUCUUUUGGAUCAACAUCAGCUACAGAGACUUGUGAAAGGUAGAAGAUAAUGCUGAUUUUUAAGCCUAUGUUGCUAUGUUACUCUAUAGAUUAAUCAGCAAAUCUAGUAAUUAAAGUGACAGUAUACGCACUAAAACAACUUUAGCUUAAUGAAGCAGUUUUGGUGUAUAGAUCAUGCCCUUGAGGUUUCACUGUUCAAGUCUCUGCCAUUUAGGAGAUAAAUCACUUUGUUUAUACAACCCUAGUCACACCUCCAUGUGUGUGACUUACACAGCCUUACUAAACACUUCCUGUAAAGAGUCAUCUAAUGUUUACACUACCUAUAUUUAAAAUUCUGUUAAAUUUAGAAUUUCUUAUCUCCUGCUCUGUUAAUUGCUUGCUAGAACCUGCAGGGGAAUCAUGUAUGUAAUUAAAGGUCAAUUUACAGAUCAGGAGAUAAACACUUCUAAAGUAGUGUAACAUCUGAAAAUGAAAUAAUUUGUUUUCAUACAGGCUGCAUCACUCACAGCCAGGGAAAGUGUGGCUAGGGCUGCAUAAAAAGAAACAAAGUGAUUUAACUCCUAAAUGGCAGAUAAUAGAACAGUGAAACUGCUGGAGCAUGAUCUAUACACUAAAACUAAAAUUUGUUUUGGUAACGUUAGUGUUCCUUUAAAAACCCUCCCUCCUGGUCAGUCUCAACAGUUUUAUUGCUUGAAUUCCCCCAUGAGAUGAUAUCAUCCCGUGUUUUGAUAUGUUGGCAGAGUGAGUGCCUGGACUACCUCAGGCAGCAGCAGGACAAAGUCUGCAUUGUGGCGAGUCCUGGAUCCAAAGCAUUUGCCAGCCGGGAACUGUACACAUGGAACAGCAGCCUGUUCCCAGACACAGUUAAAGCUUCAGAAUGCGGAGUGGGCUGCUCAUAAUGUAAGGUGACAGUAUCCACCGAUGUCACCUGACAGCUGGGGAUUGCAUGGAGAGUGCCAUUUAAAACAGACUCGUAUUUAAUCUCAGAACACUCCCUUGUGUUCGAACACUCCGAUUUAAAGCGAGGAUCAUAAACUGAGGCUUGCUGUACUUAAUGGUUGGAUCAGAGUCUUUCAUUUAAGCUCUUGAAAGCACUAGCUCAGACACUGAUGCCGGUAAGCCGAGAGCCUCCCAGGAUCACUAACAUUUGCCCUGAACCCAGUUCUGCUUAUAGCGACCUGGACUCUAUUACCUCCCGCUAGAGAACUUUCAGAACUACGGGAAACUGCUCGCCCUUAGUCAUCAUGUGCAUUUUUUCUCAUUUGCUUUUUUAACAGUAUAAAAUAUUGGAUGUUUCAUGAUAGAUUGUGUGCUUGUGGGACGAGCAUUCUCGACCUUAUGUUUUUGUUAUUCUAGUCUGUCAAGCUAAGUGUGUGUACAUACGACUGUCCAGGUCACCGAUACAUGGUGUAACACACGGGCAGUGUGAUUACUUAAAUUCGGAAUAAUAACAAACCGAAAUCUGAAUUGCAAAAAUUCAGGCUAAAAUAGCUGAGCUGUGACUAAGAGUUGGAGAAGUUCUCUAAAUCGGCUAUGUUUGCCUACAUUUUUCAAUUCAGAUUUUAAUUUGCUAUCAUUUAGAGUGAAUACCCCAACAUUGAGCUAAUUAUAUAGCUAGAUUGUAUAUAUGACAUUAAUAGAUACAAUUCGAUGGGUUCAGUUUGUUUGUACAGCUAGAUGCCUGGCUGUCCAAAGAAACUUGAUCUGAGAAUGGUAUGAAACUAUGCACCAAUAAAUACGUUUCUGGGAUUGAGCCUAAAACAUAGUUUAAAUUACUCAAUGUAGAUUUAAUAAAACCUUCAUAAUACCUUUGAACAUUUCAAAUGAGCAAAGAGGGGCCUUUAUUUUUAAGGGUGUGAGUGGGGGUGUGAUCAGGGGGAGGCUGUUCUGACUUACUAAUACCAGUUUACACAACUAAAAUGUAAUUUAGAAUAAGAACAAUGUAUCUUAUUUACAUAGACUGAUUUCUAAACGCGUUUAUUGUAGUUUAAAGACACAUUACUGGGAGUAUUAUUGCUGUGGAGCUCUGUUUUACACUCAGACAAACCAACAAUACGGAGCUCCAGAAAAGAGGAUCAUUAGGAUAGAAUGGGGGGACUGAGGGGUUUGAGCUUCAAAUAGGGACUGUCCCUUCUAUACAGGGACACUUGGCAGUUAUGCAUUAUCUAAAUGAUUGAGUAUAUUGGACUCCUCAGAGUUUGGACUGCAGGCCCCUGGUUCAAGUUGGGAAGUUGAGUUUAGCUCUUGUCCAGCUCUGACACAAAUUGUUUAGUUAAAUGCUGUCAAUUAGUGAUGUCCCGAACGGUUCGCCGCAGACGCCGAACGGUUCGCCACAGAUUGCGAACAUAUGCGGUAAACUUUGACCCUGUACCUCACAGUCAGCAGACACAUUCCAGCCAAUCAGCAGCAGACCCUCCCUCCCAGACCCUCCCACCUAAUGGACAGCUCACUAAGAAUGCAGCUUCACAAUGAAUGUAAAAUGGAUGCUGUCCAGGAGGUGGGAGGGUCUGGGAGGGAGGGUCUGCUGCUGAUUGGCUGGAAUGUGUCUGCUUACUGUGAGGUACAGGGUCAAAGUUUACCGCAUAUGUUCGCCGUCUGCGGCGAACCGUUCAGCGAACCGUUCAGGACAUCACUACUGUCAAUGCUUUAAACGAACACUCCAAACACCAUAACCACUGCAGAAUCUAUUUAUGCUAAUCCUGAUAAAAAGUCAAAAGGCAGCUCUUACUAUUUACCUUAAAAUGGAAAACAGAAAAUCAUGGAGAAAAGAUUCAGGAUUAAUAAAUCUGGAUACCUGAAGGUCGCGUUGUUUCAAUUGACUAUGUUAACUAUGUUACUAGAGAUGGGCAAACCAAGAGCAGAUUUGUCUAGUUUGGCUGUGAGUAUUGUGAGUUGAAUUUUAUCUUUACAACCAGUUUUUUUCAGGAUGCAAUAAAAUAACCUUAAUUUCUUUUGGUAGAGGUGACAUGGUGGGAAAAGAUGUCCGUAUGAACCAAGGAUUGCCCUCCGGAUUGUAACAAGGGCUUUCUGUUUGGAAGAAGACCCCCUCAAGCUCUCAGCUUAUAGUAAGUCAUUUUACUUUGAAUUCCUAGAAAUGUCUGAGAUAAUAUUUUGUAUGAAUAUACAGUAUGCUGUAGUGGUUAUGGUGCCAGACGUAACCUGGCACACUCCCAGGGUAACUAGUCAAAAGUUGGAAAUGGUUUGACAACUUACCUGGGGUAUCUCUGAACGCCAUUGUCUGCCUCCUCAGCUGGCAGUAGUUGCAGCUCACUACUCUCAGCCAGUGUGUCGGCUCUGCCUGGUUGGCCUUGCUCAGUGGAGGUGCUUCUGGUUUCCGGUGGUGUAAAUAUCCAUAAAUUCCAUGUGAGAAUGUUAAAUGUUAUAUGUUGGGUGAAGUCAAAUCAUAUUAAAUGCCCGUUGAGAGCUAAUGGUCCGGCUAGAGUGAGCUGGUGACCAUGUAGAUGACACUAUUAGUCCAUAUUAGAAGUUACCCUUUUCUGUUCCUAGGCUGUAGAAUUGGUCACCACACUCCAGCGCUUAAAGUGACACUAUAGUUACCAAACAACUUUAGCUUAAUGAAGCAGUUUUAGUGUAUAGAUCAUGCGCCUGCAAUCUCACUGCUCAAUUUUUUGCCAUUUAGGAGUUAAAUCACUUUUGUUUUUGUUUAUGCAGUCCUAGCCACACCUGGCUGUGACUUGUAUAGCCUCCAUGAAAAUAAAAUGGUUUCACUUUCAAUCAGAUGUAAAAAUGUGUAUCCCCUAAUCUGUAAAUUGAACUUUAAUUACAUACAGGAGGCUCCUGCAGUGUCUAUCAAGCUAUUAAUAGUGCAAGAGAUAAGACAUUCUAAAUUAAACAGAAUUUGCAAUAAAGGAAGUGUAAACAUUAGAUGACUGUUUACAGGAAGUGUUUACGAAGGCUGUGCAAGUCACAUGCAGGGAGGUGUGACUAGGGCUGCAUAAAAAAAGUGAUUUAACUCCUAAAUGGCAGAGAACUGAGCGGUUAGAUUGCAGGGACAUGAUCUUUACACCAAAACUGCUUCAUUAAGCUAUAGUUGUUUUGGUAACUAUAGUGUCCCUUUAAGAGUCACAAACCACCUGUUUCUCAGGGUCAUAGUUUUGCACAUUGUUUAGUAAUGUGCAAUGUUCAUUAUUUGACUCAGAUUUGAUUGGAGAAUCAUUGCACAUCAUGCAGGGUUCCAUCCCUUUAAGAUUAGGUUUGGCACUCCUGCAGUAGACACUGUCUUGGCGAAUACAGAUGUAACUGUUGGUGGGAGAGCAUGCAGUUAUUUUUGCCAGAUGUUAUGUUUUGUUUUUAAUAUGGCAUUUUUUUCACGCCUCUCUCAGUCAUAAAGUGGCUGGGCUCAGACAGCCAUGAGACUCUUUCUGAUCGCUAUUACGGUGAGGGAAAAAAGUAUUUGAUCCCCUGCUGAUUUUGAACGUUUGCCCACUGACAAAGAAAUGAUCAGUCUUUAAUUUUAAUGGUAGGUGUAUUUUAACAGUGAGAGACAGAAUAACAAAAAAAAUCCAGAAAAACGCAUGUCAAAAAAGUUAUAAAUUAAUUUGCAUGUCAAUAGGUGAAAUAAAUAUUUGAUCACCUAUCAAUCAGCAAGAUUUUUGGCUCCCAGGUGUCUUUUAUACAGGUAACGAGCUGAGAUUAGGAGCACUCUCCACCGUGGCCAAGACCAAAGAGCUGUCCAAGGAUGUCAGGGACAAGAUUGUAGGCCUACACAAGGCUGGAAUGGGCUACAAGACCAUCGCCAAGCAGCUUGGCUAGAAGGUGACAACAGUUGGUGCGAUUAUUCGCAAAUGGAAGAAACACAAAAUAACUGUCAGUCUCCCUCAGUCUGGUGCUCCAUGCAAGAUCUUACCUUGUGGAGUUUCAGUGAUCGUGAGAACGGUGAGUAAUCAGCGCAGAACUACAUGGGAUGGGAGGAUCUUGUUAAUGAUCUCAAGGCAGCUGGGACCAUAAUCAACAAGAAAACAAAUGGUAACACACUACGCAAUGAAGGACUGAAAUCCUGCAGCACACGCAAGGUUCCAUGCUCAAGAAAGCACAUAUACAGGCUCGUCUGAAGUUUGCCACUGAACAUCUGAAUGAUUCAGAGGAGAACGGGGUGAAAGUGUUGUGGUCAGAUCAGACCAACAUUGAGCUCUUUGGCAUCAACUCAACUCACCGUGUUUGGAGGAGGAAGAAUGCUGCCUAUGACCCCAAGGGCACAAUUCGCAUCGUCAAACAUGGAGGUGGAAACAUUAUGCUUUGGGGGUGUUUUUCUGCUAAGGGGACAGGACAACUGCACUCCAUCAAAGGGACGAUGGACUGGGCCAUGUCUUGGGUGAGAACCUCCUUCCCUCAGCCAGGGCAUUGAAAAUGGGGUGUGGAUGAGUAUUCCAGCAUGACAAUGACCCAAAACACACAGCCACAGCAACAAAGGAUUGGCACAAGAAGAAGCACAUUAAGGUCCUGGAGUGGCCUAGCCAGUCUGCAGACCUUAAUCCCAUAGAAAAUCUGUGGAUUGAGCUGAAGGUUCGAAUUGCCAAAUGUCAGCCUUGAAACCUUAAUGAUUUGAAGAGGAUCUGCAAAGAGGAGUGGAACAAAAUCCCUCCUGAGAUGUGUGCAAACCUGGUGGUCAACUACAAGAAACGUCUGACCUCUGUGAUUGCCAGCAAGGGUUUUGCCACCAAGUACUAGUCGAAGGGGUCAAAUACCUGGAAGCUAGAAAUCUUGCUGAUUGAUAAGGGAUCAAAUACUUAUUUCACUCAUUGACAUGCAAAUCAAUUUAUAACUUUGUUGACAUGCGUUUUUCUGGAUUUUUUGUUUUUUGUUAUUCUGUCUCACUGUUAAAAUACACCUACCAUUAAAAUUAUAGACUGAUAAUUUCCUUGUCAGUGGACAAAGUUCAAAAUCAGCAGGGAAUCAAAUACUUUUUUUCCCUCACUGUAUGUCCCAGCAAAAAAAUGGAAGCAAUGCUUCUCAUGGAGAAACAUUGGUUUUAAUGAUUCUCUAUGAGCAGAGACGUAACAAGAAACCACCCUCCAUAUGUCUAAUUUCCUUCCCCCCAGCCCCUCCAUGUAUCUUCUUCUUACCAUGUGUCUUCUUUCCCCCAGUCUCCUUUCCUCCCUCAGCCUCUCCAUGUGUCUCCUUCCCCCAAACCCUUCAUGUGUUUCCUUUUCCUUCCAGCCCCUCAAUGUGUCUCCUUACCACUCCUCCAACCCCACCAUGUGUUUUCUUAACCCCAGCCCCUCCAUGUGUCUUCUUUCCUCCAGAAACCCUCCAUGUGUCUUCUUUCCUCCCCAACCCCUCCAUGUGUCUCCUUUUCCCCCAGCCCCCUCUGUUUCUCCUUUCCUCCCCAGCCCCUCCUUGUGUCUUCUUCCCACCAUGUGUCUUCUUCUCUCCCCUAGCCCCUCCAUUUGUCUCUUUCCCCUCCACUACCUCCAUGUGUCUCCUUCCUUGCAGCCCCUCCUUGUGUCUUCUUUCCUCCGCCAGUCGCUCCAGGUGUCUUCUUCCCCCAACCGCUGCAUGUGUUUCCAUUCCCCUGCAGCCCUUCCAUGUGUUUCCUUCCCACUCCCCCAGCCCCUCCAUGUGUCUCCUUUCAUCCCCCCUCCCUCUCCAUGUGUCUCCUUUCCUUCCCCUACCUCUCCAUGCGUCUCCUUUCCUCCCCUCAGCCCCUCCAUGUGUCUCCUUCCCCCCUUCAUGUGUCUCUUCCCCAGCCCCCCUCACCUCCAUGUAGCAUGGCCUAGCUACUAAGGACAGUGAGAGAAACCAGGAGUAAAGAGACAGAAUUACAAGAGUUGACAUUGCACAUUAAGUUGCAGUCAUUUACACUUUACAUUUUUAGUGUAUAUUCCGUACACAUUUAUAUUUUAUUUUCAGUUUCCUUGAUGUAAGUUUCCAAAUGUAUAAUAUGCCUCCUGUUUAAGCAUGUUUGUGGGUAUUUUGAGAGUUUGUUGAGGUGUUUCAGUGAUAAGGCACACAUGUAUCGGGUUAAUUGUGUAUUUAACAAUCGUAAAAAGGUGAGACUGAAUGUUUUUGGCAUCAAUUCCACCUUUUUAAUGGGAUAAAAAGUGAUUCUUAAAUGUAUUCAUUGGUGAUUGUGUUGACUUUUUUUUCCUGCCAAAAUUUGGUGUUUAACCCCCAUCCCCCCAAAAUAACUAUAAACGCCCUGAUUGUCAGAGAGGAUAGUCUGUAAUCCCAGAUCUCGCUCCCUAAGUGUAGUAUACCCACAGCUUCUUACCUAACACUGAGAUUUUACAUUUACAUUGAUUUUUGUAACCUCAUUAACACUCUGUCAUGCACCUCUCAGGUCCCAGGUGUUGACAAGUCAUUUUCACUAGUUAUAAAUAAAACUGGUGUUUUAAUACAUCAAUGUAAUGUCUUAUUAUAGACCAGCUUUCAAAUGUUUACUCUUUGUCUUAGUUAUAUAAAGGAUAAUACCUAUUUUUACUCUUGAACAUUAGACCAUCACAGCCUGUGCUGAGUUCAAUAAAUCAUUGCAAUCAUAUGAACAUGAAUCUUGAAUAUAUUGUAGCAUAUUAACUAAGCCUUCCGUACUAGCUACCGAAAUAAAUGUAGAAAACAGGCUUUAAAUUGCUCCCAGUUUUAAAAUGCAUUAUUUAGUUAAAUCAUUGAAAUAUUAAAAAAUAAACAAAGAUGCUCAUCUUUAAAGGGACACUAUAGUCACCAUAACAGCUACAGCAUCUAUAGCCUGUACCUGCAGAUUCUUUUUACUGUAAACAAAGAAAAGGCAGCGUUUACAUUGCUGCCUAGUAACACCUCUAGUGGCUGUCACUCAGACAGGUGCUUCCUGGGUUAGUGCUGCACAAUGUGCAGCAGCACCUACAUUCAGCGUCUCCACGUUCUGUAUGGAGACAUUGAACGUUCCCUAUAGAGAUGCAUUGAUUCAAUGCAUCUCUAUGAAGAGAUGCUGAUUGGCGCAGCCAGAAUUUUGCUGCACAUGCACAAUGGCCUCGCAAUAUUUUCCUUUUAUAAUACAUUGGCUUGGCUGAGAUGGUCAAAUUUGAUGAUCUCUGCCACAGGGGCAGAGCCAAUCGCAGCGAGACCAGCGAAAUGUUGGAAAAAGGUGAAUAACAUUACCUUUUUAAAGUACAAAGAGGGGGCCGUGGGACUUAAACAAUUAUUUUACCAGAAAUAUAUGUUUGCGUUCCUGACUCUAUAAUGUUCCUUUAAGUUUAUUGUGUUUUCUGCAUAUUUCCAAGAUGUGCAGCUGCUGCAGUGAAUUUGAACCCAGAUGAGGAAUUAGAUGAAAGUUAUUUAUCCAGUUUUAAUCCUUCUAUUGUGUUAAUGGGAUUGCUGAUUAAUCCCCAAAAAAGACCCUUCCCAGCGAGACCCAGGCAGAGAUGUAGGUACUACUGCAGUGUUGGAAACCAGGAGUAUUUUGCUAUGUACUGAAACACAAAGUAAUGUUACUGAGGAGAAGGAAAUGUUUAUUAUUUUCAUUCCAGGGUCAUAUCCUAUUGAAUAGAGUUUGAUAGCUGCAAUAAAGGAAAACCAUUCAUUUUGAAAGUAAAACUAAUGCUGGUAACCUGGACGGAACAGAGGUCUUACUGUUUCCAGGCUCAGACAUGCCACAGAGAUGAUUGGUUGAAUAACGAUGUGGAGAGUUACUGUAUUAUAUACUUUAAUGCUCCCAUUCAGUGUAUAUAUCUCACAACAGGAUAGAGUACUACAGCUUGAUGUCUCAUGUCUUUCUUUUCUCAUACCUGUAGGUAUACUUGGCAACAGAAUCCAGGGAGAAGUCCCAAUGACGGUUUCCAGCCAUGCAAUGUUCUUGGAAAGCUGUCUUCUUACUAGCGCUGGCCUCUAUUGCUAUCCAGUACACAGCCAUUCGCACCUUUACCACCAAAUCCUUUCAAAUGUGCCCAAUCCCCAAUCCUGCCAACUGCAGCCCUGGCCAAGAACCUACAGAUUCUCCUGACCGGCUUUGUGAGGACAGCCAGUCGUUAAACUCAAACUUUUCUAGAAAGACACAUAUUCUCAUCUUGGCAACAACCCGAAGUGGAUCAUCUUUUGUGGGUCAAAUUUUUAAUCAACACUCUGAUGUCUUCUAUUUAUUUGAGCCACUUUACCAUGUCCAGUAUACAUUGCUUCCUAAAAUGACACAGAAUAAAAGUCCUGCUGAUCGGAGAGUCAUGUUGGGUGCAAGUAGGGACCUGUUGAGGAGCCUUUAUGACUGUGAUCUCUAUUUUAUGGAGAACUACAUCAAGCCACAGCCAAUUAACCACACUACUGAUAGACUGUUCAGGCGGGGUGCAAGCAAAGCACUUUGCUCUCUUCCAGUUUGUGAUGCUUUGGGAUCCCCUGACAUUUAUCUCGAAGAAGGUGACUGUGUUAAGAAAUGUGGGAGCUUAAACAUGACCUUAGCAAUGGAGUCUUGCAAGGACCAUGGACAUGUGGCUAUUAAAAUUGUCCGUGUGCCUGAAGUCAAUGACCUUCGAGCUUUAGUGGAAGAUCCAAGGCUAAAUUUGAAGGUGAUACAGUUGGUGAGGGACCCCAGAGGCAUCUUGGCCUCCCGGAGUGAGACUUUUCGGGACACCUAUAGGCUAUGGAGGAUAUGGAGAGCAACCGGCCGAAUGCCUUUCAAUCUAGACGCAACCCAGCUGACCACAGUCUGUGAAGACUUUUUAAACUCCAUCUCUACUGGGUUUAGUCGCCCCCCCUGGUUAAAGGGUAGGUAUAUGCUCCUCCGAUAUGAGGAUCUGGCUAGAAACCCUAUGAAGAAGAUGGAGGAGAUCUAUGACUUUGUGGGUGUUCCACCAGAUUCAAACGUGGAGAGAUGGAUUCAGAAUAACACCCAAGCAGACGAAUCAUCAGUCAAACAUAAGUAUGGCACAUUAAGAAACUCUGCAGCUACAGCUGAAAGCUGGCGACUAACUUUGUCUUAUGACAUUGUAGAAUUUACGCAAAAUGCCUGUCGACAAGUACUAACCCAGCUGGGCUACAAGACUGUUGGGUCUUCACAAGAACUGAGAAACCUUUCCUACAGCCUGAUAGAGGACAAAGGUUUUGCACCUUUUCUGUAAUGUUAAAUCGGCAACCACAGUGUACAGUGAGGGUGUGAAAUCAGCAAAAAAUUGAGGGAAGUAAGAAAAAGAGCAAACGAUAUAUUUUUGAUAAACCCUUGUUCCUAUUCCUCCAGGAAAAACAAGUUGCACUAAAAACAGUAGGUCUGGUGAUAAAGCACAUUUAUUAAUUAAGAAAGGUUAAUGGCAUACCUCUAAUAUGGAAACUUGAAGCCCUUUUGAUAGAUAUAAACUUUGCCAGAUUGAGCGCAUUGCAAGCUCUACUCAAAAUGUAACCAUCAUAAAAUGAAAUGGGAGUGGUGAUAGUUUAAUUACAUUGUGAAUUAAGGUGGGGACGUCAAUAUGGAUUUUUAAUUACAGAAUUUCUCAUCAAGUGUUGAAACCCAGACAUAGUGAUUCAUAUGCAAAAGGGGGAAGACAGAAUCAUUUCUAAUUUAGAGACCUCCCAUCUACAUUGUUGCUUGUGGGAUGCCGGAGGUUGUCGGUUGGUGUUAAAUGUUUACAGAAACCAAAACACAAGGUAGAACAUUCUUAUUGUUUGGAGCAUUUGCUUAUGUUAAAAUGUCCACGUUUUCAGUUGGAUGUUGGGUGAAGGGGGAAAAUUGCACAAGUUUUUCAAAUCAUGUUGUUUUAUUUAUAAAUGUUUAUAAAGAGGGAUGCAUUCGAGCGCAUGAGGUGCCGCUUGUUGUGUUCUAAAUCUCCAGAUGCAGUACCGGCUCAGUAAAGAAAAUGUGGAAGUUAAAAUGUAUCUUUCUUAGAGCUAAUUCGUGGGCCUAAGUUGUGUGUCAUUCAUGAAAUAAAAU